AAUUUAGUAACUAUUUUUGUUUUGAUUAUGAUUAAUUUUAAUUUGUUGUAAUAAUUGGAGGUUAUAAUGGAAAUUUUAUUUUUAUUUUUUCUUCUCUUUGAUUUAACACCCUUACUAUGUACUGGAAAUGGUUUGAAAGAAAACCCGGAAGUCGCGGAGAAGUUAUAUAUACAACUUUUUAAAAGAAAGCGCGCAGAACAAUUAGCGGGGGUAAAAACCCUCCAAACCUUCCCCUAUGAAAAACAGUACUCAAUGACGCUUUUAAUGACCGAAAAGAUAUUUACUGUUAUUCAAGAAAGUCGUGCUUUCAUCGAGUCUUCGUCUUACAUCCCUGGAGUUUCCGAAUUUCCCACUGAGGAAAAGGUCCGCGAUUCUUUAUCGAAUAUAUUAGAAAACACCGCUUUAUUCAGUGAAAUUAUAUUAAGGAUACCCCAAAUUGGAAGUUCCGUCUUGAAAACCAACAAUAAUUGGGAUGUUUUAUUACAGUGGAGCAUUGCAUUUUGCAACCAAGUUAGAUAUUUAUUAGAUUCAAGCACAAUUAAGUUAUUACACUUGGCUAGUCAAGAAUUAGGCCAUAUCGAUAAAGACCCUAAUUAUUUUAAUCCUUAUGCUGUAAAGAAUAAAAAUCUCGAAGAAGAAAAUGUUAUUAAAAAGAAGGAAAAGAAAAAAAUUAAAAAGGGACCAAAAUUAAGAGGGUAUGAGCUGUAAUUUUAAUUUAUUUGUAGGUUAUGUUUCUUUUCUAGUCUGAUAUGAAUGCUUUUUUUAAUUGUAAAAAGAAAAAUAGUUUAAUUUAAAAUAAAUUCUUAAAUAUAAAAUUUAUA